AGAGAGAAGCAAUGGGAGUUGUCAGAGGGAAAAUGGAGACUUUAUUUCGUUUUCUGAUUUUUACCUGCCUGGCCUUUGAGAUCUCUGGUGAUUUCCGGAUUAUCCAUGAGCAAAAAAAGCUAUGCAUUUCUGAAAGCAAUGUAAAAGUCCAUGUGGAAAGGUGCAACUCAACCAAUCAAAACCAGCAGUGGAGGUGGAUGAAGAAUGAGAAGCUUCUCCAUGUGCACUCAGGCCAGUGUCUGGCCUUCAACAAGACCUCUGCCGCACAUUCUCGCAGAGCAAUCAUCAGCAACUGCUCUGAGGCACCCAGCUGGACUUGUCAUGGCAAGGAAGGACUCCUUGAGGUGAAAGACAAUUCAUUGUUCCUCAAGAAACAAGGCGCCAGAGUAAUCGUGGGUAGGAAAUAUCCUGACACUUGGAAACGAAUUGAGCUCAACAAGAAGGGGGAGCUUUCACAGGUCAGUGAAAACCUGUGCUCAAAGAAAGAUUGCCAAGGUGCUGAAACCUGUGUUUGGAGCACUAAAAAGACACCCCCUCCAGUUAAUUCUGUUACACAUAGUCCACAGAGUUUUCUUGGCAGUUCAGUGACUUCUUUCAGAACCAGCACCAAAAGCAACAAUAGAAUUACGAAUAAUCUCAAUCUUAACCAGAAUGUAUAUGAAGUGACAGAAAAACCCUGGAUCUCCACUUCUACCCAGCAUUUCUCUAGGACCACAGAACAGAGCGGUCUAGGAGCUCCAGUAAAAUGCAUCAUCAACCAGACAGAGUGGAAAGUCUCCAGCGGGUCUAUCUAUCUGAAGUGGAACACUUUGGGGAAUCCCUGUAACUUCAGUGUAACCUGCAGAGCCAACAAUGCCCUAUAUAGGGUUUGCCAGCACACCCAGAAAGCCAACGGCUCCUAUGAGUGUAACUACAAUGGCCUGGAAGCAGGGACUUUGUACCAUCUCCGAAUUGUAUCCUUAUCUGAUGGAGAAGCCAGCAAUAUCACCUUGCAAACAGAUCCUUUGCCACCUGAAAGGUUUGACAUUAAAAAGGAAAAAACUACACCUACGGCCUUACAAGUCUGGUGGAGCCCAUCUUUGGGAAAGGUAGACUGGUAUGAACUUCAAUUGUUUGAUAAUCAAAUCAGAAAAGUUCAGGAGAUCCAAGUUUCUGGAGGCAUUUCAAGAUAUGAACAGACAUUUGCCAAUCUGACACCUGGCAGCAAAUACACCAUCUUAAUCAGUGCAGUUGCUGGAAAUAAGAAUAGCUCUUCAGUUGAGACCAGAGGCUCUACUGCUCCUUCUCCUGUGAAAGAGAUCCAAGACUCAGUCAAGAUGGAAUCAAUCCAUGUUUCUUGGUUGCCAGGUGCUGGGAAUGUGGAUCAAUACAGGCUGGUUCUGCUUCAUAAAGAUGGUCUAGUUCAACAAAUUGAUCUAGAGAAACACAUUUUGCUAUACAAUUUUUCAGGACUGACACCAGGAUAUCUGUAUAAUCUCACUAUCAUUACCAUGGCUGGAGGAUUGGAGAACUACAAUUUUAGACUAGUUAGGACUGUUCCAGCCAAAGUCUUAGAUUUGAUGGUAGUUAAUGAUGGCAGCUUGGAUACAUUAAAAGUGUCAUGGAAGAGACCUCCUGGGAGCCUUGAUUUCUACAACGUCACCUUGACUCAUCUUGGAUCUAUAAAAGAAAGGAAAACGUUACAGCCGCAAGUCACAGAGACCUAUUUUGACCAUUUAAUUUCAGGAUGUCUUUAUCAAGUGGAUGUCAGCGCAAUCAGUGGUGAAUUGUUCACUGAAAUGACAGCAUAUGGCAGAACAGUUCCCCAGAAAGUUUCAGAUUUGAAAGCAGACAGCAUGGGUUGGUUGAGAUCUCUGAAAGUGAGUUGGCUGCCCCCUGCUGGAAACUGGGAGAAGUACUACAUUGUGCUGCUCCACUACUCUACCGUGCUGCUGAACACUACAUUGCAAAAAGACAUAAGGGAAUACGUUAUCAAAAAUGUGGGACUCAUUCCAGGAAGACAGUAUGAGGUGGCAGUUAUUGUAGAGAGUGGAGGCUUGCAGAACAUAGCACGCUGCAAAGGCAGAACAGCUCCACAGCCUGUUCUUCAACUCCGUGUAAAACAUGCUAAUGAAUCCUCCCUUACUAUCAUGUGGGUGACCCCUCUGGCUGAGUGGGAUAGUUAUGUGGUUUCUUUGGGAGACAGAACUCUCACAGUCAUAAAUAAGGCUCUUGCUAAAGAAGCCAAGGAAUUCACAUACACUGACCUUUUACCUGGACGAAAAUACACAGCUACUGUCACCACCAUAAGUGGAGAUUUGAGCAACUGGACUUCUAUUGUGGGGCGCACAGUUCCAGUACAGGUGACAAACCUAAAUGUGGCAAACCAAGGAACAACCAACAGUCUGUUCACCAACUGGAUAAGGGCAGAGGGAGGUGUAGAUUCAUAUCAAGUCCUGCUCAUUCAUGAAAAUGUUGUCAUAAAAAAUGAGACUGUUUCCAGCAACACCAACCAAUACCACUUCCAUUCCCUAAAACCUGGAGGACUUUAUUCAGUAGUUGUGACUACUGUUAGUGGAGGAAUAUCUUCCAGACAAGCAGUCGCAGAAGGGAGAACAGUUCCUUCCAGUGUAGGUGGAGUAACAGUAAACAAUUUAGGACGGAGUGACUACCUGACUGUUUCCUGGCUACCAGCUGCUGGAGAUGUAGAUAGUUAUGUGGUGACACUCUCUCAUAAAGGGCAGAUAGUUAAAACUCUCAACGUUGUAAAAUCUGCCAGUGAUUGUUUCUUCAAUACCCUUACUCCUGGGCGACUCUACGAUGUGAGAAUAACUACAAAGAGUGGAAUAUACGAACAACAUGCCUUCAGUCAGGAAAGAACAGUGCCUUCAGGCGUCCAGGGACUUACAGUGAGCAAUUCUGCAAGAAGUGACUAUUUAAAGGUGGCCUGGCUGCACGCCACAGGAGACUAUGAUAAUUAUGAAGUGAUCAUCAAGCACAACAAUGACUUCAUCCAAACAAAAAACAUCCCCAAGGAUGUAAAUGAAUGUGUGUUCACGAACCUGGUCCCAGGAAGGCUUUAUAGUGUCACCGUAAGCACAAGGAGUGGAAAAUAUGAAACUAGCGAAAGGGCCAAUGGCAGGACAGUCCCAGAAUCUGUAAAGAAUCUGACUCUUAGUGCCAGAAGCACUGAAGAACUGUAUGUCACUUGGUCCAAAGCUGAUGGAGAUGUUGAUCAGUAUGAGAUUCAGCUUCUCUUCAACGACAUGAAGGUUUUCCCACACAAUCCACUUGAAAACACCAUUGAAGAGUUCCGAUUUAAAUCUCUAACUCCAGGACGCCUUUACAAAAUUGUCGUCAUGACAAAAAGUGGAGAAGAUCACCGUGCUACUUUCAUUGAAGGAUUGACAGUUCCAAGUGCUGUCAAAAGCAUUCAUAUUUCACCCAGUGCAAUGACCAACAGCUUGAAAGUUAAUUGGAGCCCUGGAGUAGGAGAUAUGGAUUCAUAUACCAUCACAAUAUUCCAUCAGAAUGAUCUCCUCAGUUCUCAGAUUGUUUCCAAACAUGUGUAUGAAUACACAUUUAACAAGCUGGAAGCAGGAGAGCAGUACAAGAUUGUUGUACAGACAAAGAGUGGCACCUUGCACAACAAUGCGACAGCCUUUGGGCGAACAAUUCCUGCUCCUGUUCGGGAAUUACAAGCGGACAAUGCGUACAGCAGUCACUCACUGAUAGUUACCUGGCAGCGUGCUGCUGGUGUGGCUGAACGAUAUGACAUCAUUCUCCUGACUGAGCAAGGCAUCGUUCUGAGCAACAAAUCUGAACCAGUUACUGCUAAACAGCACAAAUUUGAAGAUUUAACACCAGGCAUGAAGUAUAAAAUACACGUAUUGACAAUCAGUGGUGUCCUCUUCAGCAUUCGGGCAGAAACUGAAGGCCGAACAGCUCCAGCUGCUGUCACAAAUCUGAAAGUCACAGAAAGCACCACUGGACGCCUGUCAUUCACCUGGACUGCUUCUAAGGGAAAGCUUGACAAAUAUGAUCUCUUUCUGUACAAUCCAGACAAGUCUCUUCAGGACAGGAUUUCAGGGGACCAAAAUCUCCAACAGUAUUCUUUCCAGAAUUUGGUGCAAGGCAGGCUGUACAAAAUGGUGAUUGUUACCCACAGUGGCAAGCUUACUAAUGAAUCAUCCAUCUUUGGGAGAACAGUCCCAGCUCCAGUUAGCAAUCUUAAAGGCGUCAAUAAAGGCAUGACAGACAGUCUACAUUUCAACUGGAACCCAGCAGCAGGAGAUGUUGAUCGUUAUGAACUGAACCUUUACAAUCCAAAUGGCACAUUGAAGGAAGCACAGAAAGGCAAGGAUUUGACAGAAUGGUACUUCCAGGGUUUAAUCCCUGGCAGAAAAUAUACCCUUGUUGUAAUUACUCAUAGUGGUGACUUGACAAAUACUGCAAAUGCUGAAGAAAGAACAGCACCAAUCCCUCCAAAUGCAGUGUCAUUUGCUGAUGUCACAAACACCUCCUUGUUCAUCACAUGGUCAGGCCCUCCUGAAUGGACAGAUUAUGAUGACUUUGAGUUGCAGUGGACUCCAAAAGAUGCCCUCACAGUCUUUAAUCCUUAUAGUAGUGGCAAAUCACAAGGACGCAUUGUGUAUGGUCUCCACCCAGGGCGACUAUAUCACUUCAGUGUCAAGACUGUCAGUGGCGUCAUUCGGAAGACUUUCAGUAAACCACUCUCUGGAACUGUGAGAACAAGACCAGAGACGAUCCAAAGUUUGCACUGUUGGCCUCAAAACUCCACUGCCAUUGCAUGUUCCUGGACUCCUCCAGACUCUGACUUUGAUGGCUAUAGUGUUGAGUGCAUGAAAAUGGACACUGCAGAGAUUGAGUUCUCCAGAAGGAUAGAGAGGGAGAGAUCUACGCUUACCAUCAUGACCCUCGUGCCCCACAAAAAAUACUCAGUGUUCAUCAAAGUGCAGUCAGCUGACAUGACCAGUGAGGCGGUAAAAUAUAGCACCAUCACUAGUAUAGAUAGCCCUCCUAAACCACAUAUACAUUAUCGAGUGAACAAAAAGGAUGCAGUCAUUACCAAAUCUUCCAUUCACUUCACUUUCAAUUGCAGCUGGUUCAGUGAUACCAAUGGAGCUGUGAAAUACUUUACUGUGAUUGUGAGGGAGGCUGAUGGCAGUGAAGAUAUGAGGCCAGAACAUCAACACCCUUUACCUUCCUACUUGGAAUACAAGCACAACAAGUCCAUCCAAAUCUAUCAGACAGAUUAUUUUGCAAGUAAAUGCACUGAAAACCCUGACAGCAAUUCAAAAAUAUUUGACGUUAGGCUUGGAGAAGAGAUGGAAAAUCUGGGAGGAAAGUGUGAUCCAAAUCAACAGAAAUAUUGUGAUGGGCCACUAAAACCCAGGACUGCCUAUAGGAUCAGCAUCCGAGCUUUCACACAACUCCUUAGAGAGGACUUGGAGGAAGAACCUGAGCCACUUUUCUCUGAUACCUAUUUCUCCUUGCCAAUCACCACGGAGUCAGAGCCCUUAUCUGGAGUUAUAGAAGGAGUGAGUGCUGGUUUGUUCCUAAUAAUUAUGCUGGUAGCCAUCACUGCAUUCCUCAUCUGUAGAAGAAAAGUAAAUAGUGGCCUCGAGAGACCAACAGCAAGGUUGAGUAUCCGCAGGGACAAGCCGCUGUCUGUCCACUUGAACUUAGGACAAAAAGGGAGCCGGAAAAUUUCCUGUCCGAUAAAAGUCAACCAGUUUGAAAUUCACUUCAUGAAACUUCAAGCAGAUUCCAACUACCUCCUGUCCAAAGAAUAUGAGGACCUAAAGGAUGUGGGUCGAAACCAAUCAUGUGACAUAGCACUUCUGCCAGAGAAUCGAGGGAAAAAUCGAUACAAUAAUAUAUUGCCCUAUGACACAACAAGAGUGAAACUUUCAAACGUAGAUGAUGACCCAUGUUCUGAUUAUAUCAAUGCAAGCUACAUCCCUGGCAAUAAUUUUCAUAGGGAAUACAUUGCAACUCAAGGACCUCUGCCUGGCACAAAGGAUGAUUUCUGGAAAAUGGCAUGGGAACAGAAUGUUCACAAUGUUGUCAUGGUAACCCAAUGCGUUGAGAAGGGCCGGGUGAAAUGUGACCAUUACUGGCCCUUUGACCAGGAUUCCUUAUAUUAUGGAGACUUCAUUGUCCAAAUGCUAUCUGAGUCAGUGCUCCCAGAAUGGACAAUAAGAGAGUUUAAGGUUUGCAGUGAAGAGCAGCUUGAUUCCCAAAGACUUAUCCGCCAGUUCCAUUAUACGGUGUGGCCAGACCAUGGUGUACCAGAAACCACCCAGUCCCUCAUCCAGUUUGUGAGAACUGUACGAGAUUAUAUCAAUCGGACACCCCAUGCGGGACCAACCAUAGUACACUGCAGUGCUGGUGUUGGUAGAACAGGCACAUUCAUUGCUCUGGACCGAAUUCUUCAACAACUUGACUUAAAGGAUUCUGUCGAUAUUUAUGGGGCAGUGCAUGACCUGAGACUUCACAGAGUUCACAUGGUUCAGACAGAGUGCCAGUAUGUAUAUUUACAUCAAUGUGUGAGAGAUGUCUUAAGAGCAAGAAAGCUACGCAAUGAACAGGAAAAUCCCUUGUUCCCAAUAUAUGAAAAUGUGAAUCCAGAGUAUCACAGAGAUGCUGUUUAUUCGAGGCACUAAGACUCUGACAGAUUCCUGCUUUUUGCAGUCAGAUCUGUUGGGGCUUUUUUAAAUUAAAUUUUUAUAUUGUAUGCACUGCGAAAGUGCCAGACGUGUUUGAUACUGUGUAUAAUUUAUUGGUCUGGUGACAUUUUUAAAGCUAUAUAAUUUAAAUAUAAUAGAUAUCGUUGUAUAUAAAUGUACUUUGAUAUUAUGUAAAUAUGUAUUUUAUCUAUAAUGUUUAUAUUAAGCUUCAGAUAAUACUAUUUUUCCAUGCUAAAGUUAUUUUAAUGAAUUCUGUAAAAAAAUCUUAUGCUGAAUAGUAGCAAGACUUUGUAAUGUGAGGAACAUUUUAAGCUUUGCCACAAAAAUCCUUCAGGCACAGGUAGAUGACCAAGAUAUCCUGAUCUAGCCACUCACCCCGUGUGGGAGGGAUGAAAUGCACACAGGGGCACCUGAACAAACAGGGGCUUUCCUGCAUGGAUCGGGUUCUUUAGACUCAUGUUUUUUAAAAAUGUACUUUUAAACACAUUUUGUUUUUGAGUGUGUAUGUAUAUGAGUUAACCCUAGACCUCAGGGUUGCAGAAAUGCGUUACUGGUGUCUUCAUAAAGCUGAAAAAGAAGCAUGCCAAGCCCUGACCAAAUGAAGAAUAGGAUGAUGUAAAGUAACAUGCACACUGAGCAGCUGUUUUCUUUGGUAGUGUUUGGAUGUCUGAAUAAACGUCUUUCACUGCCGAACCAUAAGCAUACAGCAAGAUCUCAGACAGAUAAAACAACCUACCCCAUCCAGUGUUGUGCUGCAAAUAGCAGCUAACAUACUUUGCAGCAUUACAUGCACCUUGUGCGAGGUUUGCACAGUUGUACAAGAGCACUGUGGCACGCACAAACAUUGGCCAUUUGUGUGGCGAUACUGACCGGGCCUGCAGGGAGGCACAUUGCAGCCCCACUUUUUUUUUUUUGCCCACUUUUUGCGAGAGCGCCAGCAGGGGGAAAGCAGUGGGGCAGGGGCUGGCAGGUAGGCAGCACAUCCCCUGCCCUUAAAGACCCCCCCCCAAAACCGGCUCAAAUGCUUGUUGACAGAGCUGGUUCGGCACUCCUAGAAUGGCACGCUGAACAGUUCUGUGCACAUCCCUACUGUAUGCAAAAAGAAUGGAUCAUUUCACAUGAAUUGCUUUUUUAUACCCUCAGCAUUGUUGCAAAAUACAUUCUCUUUCCAAAAGAA